GAAAAUCAGGAGGUGUGCGCCAUCCGGUCCACAACAACCUCCUCAAUUUCUGUUUAAUUUAAUCGCUUUCUACAAGUACUUUUUCCACGAAUGGCUAAGCGAAACAUGCAUCAAGCGACCAUGCAAAGCAGUAAUUCUCCCCAACCAGCUUUACGCACCACCGACUGCCCGGAGGAAUCAACGGGGAACAAAGACAGUCCAGAGCCGAAGGAGGAGCUUUCUCCUGGGGCCGAACCAGCAGAAGAAGCCGUGGAAGGAAGCGAGGAACCCCGGGAUGAAAUGACCCUGGAUAUCAACAGUUUUAGGAAGCCUGGAGAGAAGACUUUCACUCAGAGAUCCCGGCUUUUUGUGGGGAACCUCCCGGUGGAUAUCCCCGAGGAAGAGUUCAAAGAUAUGUUUGCUAAAUAUGGAAAUAUCAGCGAGGUGUUUAUCAACAGAGAGAGGGGCUUCGGCUUCAUUCGCUUGGAAACACGGACACUAGCAGAGAUUGCUAAAUGUGAGUUGGAUGGGACUGUGAUGAACAAUCGACCAAUCAGGAUCCGCUUUGCUACACACGGUUCUGCACUCACUGUACGCAACCUGUUACCUGCAGUGACCAAUGAGCUGCUAGAACAG